CAAGAAAAGAGAAGUAGAGGAAAAAAUACUAGUAGGAGGAGAGGAGGUGGAGUGGAACGAAAAUGGAAAUGGAAAAGGAAAAGGAAAAGGAAAAGGGAGAAGGAACAGGAAGGAGGGAGAAGAAAACAGGGGAAAGAAUAUGUAAGAGGUGCAAACAAACAUACAAUCCAUCCUCCAACAGCUCUUCUUCCUGCCGCUUCCAUCCUUCUUUCUUCGUUUGCCGUCGUCACGAUGAUCAGAAGAGGACUACUCCAGUCUCAUAUCUUAUUGAUGGGCAAAGCCUUGUUCAAAAAUGCUUGGAGAUGCACUGGGUCACAUUCAUGUACUAUGAAUUGGGACCUGAAGAUCCCCCAUAUGCUGCCAAGUUCUAUGAUUGUUGUGGAGCAGAGGACCCUGAGGCAGCUGGCUGCACUACUAGUUUUCAUGCUUCAUACGAUGAUGAUUGAUGAAGUUAGUACUCUUUGUUGUCACUCAUUGUUGAUUAUGCAUUCAAGUAUUUAGAAAACUACAAUCUCCUUUGGUUUAAUACUUAAUCGUUUCUUACUCCUUGUAAUUGGUAGCAUCUGAAUUUACUAAUUUAUAGAGGUCUGUAUGUACGAUAUGUGUGUGUGUGCGCGCGCAUAUAUAGAUGUGUGCGUGUAUAGUUUAUGUGAAGUGAAAAUGAAACCAUGUGGCAUAGAUUUGAGUGUAGGUAGAUGGGGAUUUUCUCAUGAGAGGAGACCCCCUCCCCUGAUUUCUGGUUGGCAAUUAUGGUAACUAUGUUAUUAAAUUAAAUUAAUGAGAGUGGUACGCCAUGUUUUACACA